GGCCAUAAAACCCAAGCAUUAGGGUUUUUCUGCUCUAGCCAGUUGGUUACCUCUGCUUCUCUCUCACAACACCAGCAGCUGCUGAAACUCAAAAUCACAGCCAAAGGUGGUAAUGGCUUCUCAUUCGGAGAAGAAGAAGAAGAAGCACCGGUCCAAAGGCGAAGAUGAAUCAGUUGCCCAAAUUGAUGUUUCUGAGAAGGAUUUCAUGAUCAAGCCACAGAGCUUCACUCCUUCCAUUGACACCUCACAAUGGCCAAUCCUUCUCAAGAAUUAUGAUCGCCUCAACGUCCGAACCGGACACUACACGCCCCUCCCGUGUGGUUACUCGCCUCUCAAGCGCCCUAUUGAUCAAUACAUCAAGUAUGGUAUUAUCAAUCUUGACAAACCUGCUAACCCUUCUUCCCAUGAGGUUGUUGCUUGGAUUAAACGGAUACUUAAGGUCGAAAAAACUGGUCAUAGUGGUACCCUUGAUCCCAAAGUCACUGGCAAUCUCAUUGUUUGUAUUGAUAGAGCCACUAGGCUUGUUAAAUCCCAACAGGGUGCCGGGAAAGAGUAUGUUUGUGUUGCUAGAUUGCAUUCUUCUGUGAAUGAUAAGUCUAAGGUGGCUCGAGCACUUGAGACGCUUACAGGGGCCGUGUUUCAGAGGCCUCCUUUGAUUUCUGCUGUCAAGAGACAGCUUAGGAUUAGGACUAUUUAUGAAAGUAAGCUUCUUGAGUAUGAUGCAGAUAAGCAUUUGGUUGUUUUUUGGAUUUCUUGUGAGGCUGGGACUUAUGUUAGGACAAUGUGUGUGCAUUUGGGGUUGAUUCUUGGGGUUGGAGGGCAUAUGCAGGAGUUGAGGAGAGUGAGGUCUGGGAUUUUAGGGGAGAAGGAUAAUAUGGUUACGAUGCAUGAUGUGAUGGAUGCUCAAUGGGUUUAUGAGAAUUAUAGGGAUGAGAGUUAUUUGAGGAGGGCGAUUAUGCCGUUGGAAGUGCUUUUGACGAGUUAUAAGAGGUUAGUUGUGAAGGAUUCGGCUGUGAAUGCUAUAUGUUACGGUGCUAAGUUAAUGAUUCCCGGGUUGUUGAGGUUUGAGAAUGAGGUUGAGGUUGGGGAAGAAGUGGUUCUUAUGACUACUAAGGGUGAAGCAAUUGCAUUGGGGAUUGCGGAAAUGACCACUGCAGUGAUGGCAACUUGUGAUCAUGGUGUGGUGGCGAGGAUUAAGAGGGUGGUGAUGGAUCGGGAUAGUUAUCCGAGGAAGUGGGGGUUGGGGCCAAGGGCGUUGAUGAAGAAAAAAUUGGUCGCGGAUGGGAAGUUGGAUAAGCAUGGGAAGCCAAAUGAGAAAACACCUCAAGAGUGGGUGAGGAAUCUGGUUUUACCGACUGGUGGGGAUUCAGUGGUUGCGAGCCUUGCUGCUGCUACUGAACCAGCUGUAGUGGAGAAAGAAAAGAAAGAGAAGAGUAAGCGGAAGUUUGAGGAUGAAAGCACUGAUAGCCCUGUUCCUGUUUCUUCCAAGAAAGCUAAAGUUGCCGAGGUCCAAGAAGUUGAGAAGGUAAAGAAAGUCCAGGAAAAAGAUGUGGAGGUUGAAGUUGAAAAGAAAGAGAAGAAGAAAAAGAAAAAGAAGGAUACAGAGGAUGGUGAUGAGAAGGCUGAGAAGGAGAAGAAAAAGGAGCACAAAGUUAAGGUUGAUGCUGGUUCUCCCGAAGCAGAGAAGUCUGAGAAGAAGAAAAAGAAGAAGAAGGACAAAGAGGCUGAGGAUGGUGCAGGUGAUGGUGAGGCUACUUCAACUGAGAAGAAGAAAAAGAAGAAGAAGAAGAAUAAAGAUGCAGAUGAAGAAUAGGUGGAAGGAAUGAAUGUAUGCCUGCCUAUCUGUUUCCCAUUUCAUCUGUAAUGAGUCUUCAUAGUUUUGUAACUUUUUGAUGCAUUCCUGGAACUAAUUUUCACUGUUUAGCUUUGAGGCUUUUUUCUCUAUCUAAUUUGAUUAUGUCAAUUCGUCACUAUUUAAAUAUUUGUUGACUUUUUCCCCUAACUUGAAAGGUAUGCUAAUUCUUUCUGAUA